AUGGCAGCACAGAGUGUCUACGGUCGAAACCGUCAAUCCGUGGCAGAUAUCGACCAAGAGCUUCAUGAUAUUUUCAGCGUACACCCACAAUCGUACACCAACAAAGAUGGAGAGGUGGCUCUCGAAGCCCAGUAUCUUCCCGAUGUAUUUGCCACAUAUCGCGAAGAGUUCGGCAUCGAGCUCAUGACUCCGGACGAGAUGAACGGCUUCAGCAACAUCAUCAACACUCAGCCAGCACUGGAAGCCACGCCUGGGACUAUUCUUGCUCUAGUUGCUAUGCGCACCUCUAAUAGUCCGACAGAGAAUGCAGACGAGGACUCGCCAGAAGGCGAGGAGUUUCGUGGUCGUUCAGAUGAGCGCGACUACUCAGGUUACAAUUCGCGUUCGUCUAGCAUGGAGUCUAACGGCACAUCCGUCUAUCGCCUGUCCGGAAGCCGUCCGCCGAGCCGGCCACAGAGCCGGAAUGGUCCGAGGACGCCCGCGAAAGAUUCCGUGUUUGACGCGCAGAAGCGACAGCGUACAACGCCCUUGGGCAAGACAGCGCCCUCCAGUUGGUCCAAACGCCCAGUUGCGCCCAGUAGAAGGAAGAGUGAUGCGGGCGGUCAUAGUCGCGCGCUUAGUGAUUCCGAGCCUCAACCCCCCUUAUCCCCAACCACCAGCGUCGACACUAUUGGCUCGCCUACCUUGGUCAGCCCAUCGUCGAGACCACAUUCGCGGACACAGUCUCAGCCUCAAGCUCACUUCAACAGCGUGAACUUCCCUCAUCCUUACGGCCUCAGUGGUCGGGAGUCUCCAACUGAUAUGGGGCCGCCCUACGCUGACCCGGCGAAUCCGAUGUACGAUGAUUUAGAGGAGGAUAUCAACUCGCUUCCUAUGCCCAGAUCUCUUGACUUUGAAUCAGAAGACGACGACGACGAUUCUGCGUUGGGCCUUAUUCUAGAUCAUGAGCGGUCGGCCACUUCGUCGACAGUAUCUAUGGAGCCCACAGAACGGAUGGAGGCCCUUCAGCGUGUAAAUGCGGAGCUCGGGAAGAAACUUAUGGAGGCGGAGAGAACCUUGCAGAAUCGACUAGCAGAUCAUGAAAUGGAACUCGAGGAGAUGGAGGCGAGAUUGGAGGAGGCGAAGGGCGAGCUCAGUGCCGCGAAAAGGGAAGAGAAGGAACUUCGGAACAAGGAGAAAUCGCACAUAACUCAGAUCUCUGUCCUGGAAGUCGAGAUUGCGAAAGUGCAAAAAAGCCUCGAGACCUCGCGGGCUUCGUACGAGAGCCUUCAAAAGCAGUAUAAAGAACAACUGAGCCAAUCAGAGGAAUUGCGGAAUACCCUUAGGCUUAAGGACCAGGAAAUCAAAGAAAAUCAGGAGGUAGCGGCUCUGCAACUCAUCGAAAUCAACAAAUGGAGCAAGGAGCAUGAUGCUUACGAGGAUCGUAUCGGCAUCCUAGAAGGCGAAUUGGCCAUGGCGCAUGAAGCUCAGUCGUCGCUUGACGAGCAAAAGCAAGAAAACCUCAUGCUCAAGGAGACUAUUGAUCGUAUGCGUUUCGACAUGGAUGAGCUACGCAACGGCUUGUCCAGUAGCACGAAUGGCCCUCACAGUGGCGGCUCAAGUGCUGUCAACAGUAUGAGCAAGAGCCUGGGUGCAGAGUUACUGAGCCACAUGGGUAAGGGCGGGUGGGAAGAGGACGAAGACGAUGAUAAGUCGUCGAACUCGACGUUGGAGGCCCAUGAAUUGGAGAGUCAGGAUGAGGAUACAGAAAGCGAGGAUGUUAUACAGACUAUCAUCACCCGCACAACGAGACGUGGUCCGAAUCGUGCCAACAAGGUGCAAGCCAUCACGAUCGAGGACAACCGGGUGUAUGCCGACGCAUACACACAAUACGAUGUCUCUCAAUUCACGUCAUCGUCCUCGACGCAGACUGACCUACAGCGCGUAUCGACGUCUGGAACGCAGACCGAACCGCCUAGGACGAUGUCGUUUUCAAUUCAGACAGACCCCGCUUUGCCUAAAGCGACCACAGAAGUUGAGAUUCAAACAGAUGAGCCUGAGCCGUCUCGAUCACCAUCACCGACGGAAGCAGACGAAUCCAUGACUUCUUCGUCGUCAACCGUCCUUCCUCCGACCCCCAAGGCCAAAGCUGCCACCCUUGAUCCCAUCCAGGCCGACCUGCCCCCUUCCUACAACCAAGCCGCGUCUCAGGCGCUCCUCCACGACCUUGACCACCUCCUCAAUGCUGAUGACCUCACUUUCGCCAACAUCUCCGACCCCCAGGCCCGACGCGACCUUCGCAUCGCUGCUGAGAUAUUGAAAAAAUGGCAUAAGGGCACCCACUUGCCCGUUCGUGGGGUCGAUGGCGGCGUAUCGCCUGAGGCCAUUGAAGAAUGGCGCGCAUUGAAGCAAGAACUCGGGGUCGACUGCACUAUCAUCGACAAGAUCAUCGCCGCCUCGCCUCGUACGGAAGGCACCCGACCGCCACGAGACAGUAGUAGCCGGCGCAACCGGUUCUAUAAUAUCUACAACACCUACGUCUACGGCGCGCGGGGCGAAGGCAAGGCAGGGAUUUCGAGCUUGGUGUCCCACUUGCUGCUGUGCGUAGGAGCCUCUGCCGCUGUGUUCAUCGCGAUGAGCCCAUUCCUGGCGCAGCAAUACGUCGUGCCCGGUGGCCCUACAUACUACGACCGCGCUGCAUGGACAAGCUUCAACACGAUGCACGCCUCUGGAGAGGGAUUCGCAAACGACGGGACGGCGGCCGUGUGGCACUUCCUCGGUAGACUCGGAGGUGGGGCUGCGCAUAUUGUGCGUGGCUUCCCGACAUGA